CUGAAGGCUGGAUCAGAAUGGAUUGGUCCUCAUCACUAUGGAAUCCUCUCCAUCACUCUCUUUAACGAGCUCCUGGCUCUUACCAGCUAUGGCCGUGAUACCCUGUCCUUCCCUCUGAGGAGCGACCAGAUGUUGUGACUUGAAAAGCCUGCCCAUCAAGUGCCCAGAGACAUUGUGGUCCUUCGGUUUCCUUCGCAACAAGUCAACCAUUGAGCUUCGCCCAGUCAUGGGAGGAUGCUUCUCGAAGCCCAAACCAGUUGAGGUCAAAGUUGAAGUGAUGGUUCCCGACAAAGAGAAGGAGAGCCUUUCACCCAACGGCAAAGUCAGUCCCAUAGCUGCGUGCAAGGCCAACGGGAGCACAAAACAUGUGGAGGACCGUCCCAUCACAGUGGAACCCUAUCAAAACCCAAAGGACAUGGUGGAAGUUGCUGUGUGCCACAUGAAUGAACUCCAGGAUGGGCAGAUGCGAGAAGUGGACGUGGGCUACGGCAAAGCCCUGCUGAUCAAGGAGCGAGGAGAGUACUGUGCGAUAGGACACAAGUGUCCCCAUUAUGGAGCGCCGCUGGUGAAAGGAGUUCUGAACAACGGCCGGGUUCGGUGUCCCUGGCACGGGGCUUGUUUUAACGUUGCGACGGGUGAUAUCGAAGACUUUCCCGGAUUAGACAGUUUACCAAAGUUUCAGGUCAGAAUAGAAAAGGAGAAAGUGAUGGUGCGAGCAAGCAAACAGGCACUGCAGUCUCAGAAGAAGGUGAAGCGAAUGGCACGGUGCGCAUUGCUGAGCGACUGCAACAACAGCAAUACCAAUGUCCUCAUCAUCGGGGCUGGGCCCGCAGGUCUGGUCUGUGCAGAAACGCUGAGACAGGAAGGCUUCACUGACCGUAUUGUAAUGUGCACCAUGGAGACCCACCUGCCUUAUGACCGACCUAAACUAAGUAAGUCUCUCGAGUGUCAGGUGGAGCAGAUCACACUGCGUUCCAAGGAAUUCUUCUCCUUGUACGACAUUGAAGUACAGACAGAGAGGGAGAUGGUCUCAGUGGAUGUGAAGAAUAAGAUGGUCCGCUUCAAAGAUGGUCUCAAAAUGGAGUACAACAAGCUACUGAUCGCCACUGGGAGCAGACCCAAACCGCUGCAGUGCCGAGGUGCUGAUCUGGAGAAUGUCUACCAGCUCCGCACACCUGAGGACGCCAACCAUAUUGUGAAACUGGCCAGUAACAGGAACGCUGUUAUAGUGGGAGCGUCCUUCAUAGGGAUGGAAGUAGCUGCCUACCUCACUGAUAAAGCCCAUUCAGUGUCCGUGAUCGGGAUUGAAAAUAUUCCUUUCAGGAAGGUACUUGGGGAGAAAGUCGGCCGAUCUAUCAUGAAAAUGUUUGAGACAAACCGGGUGAAAUUCUACAUGCAGAAUGAGGUGUCGGAGCUGCGGGGACAGGAUGGAAAGGUGAAAGAAGUUGUGCUGAAAAGCGGGAAGGUGCUUCGAGCAGACGUCUGCGUGGUUGGAGCCGGUGUCGUUCCAGCCACAUUGUUCCUGAAACAGAGCGGCAUCAACAUGGACUCCAAAGGCUUCCUUCCUGUUAACAAGCUCAUGCAGACGAAUGUACCUGGCGUAUUUGCGGCUGGCGAUGUGGUCACUUUCCCGCUGGCGUUCCGCAACAACAAGAAGGUGAAUGUGGGUCACUGGCAGAUGGCACACAUGCACGGACGGAUCGCUGCCCUCAACAUGCUGGGAGGGGGAAUCGAGAUUAAGACAGUACCCUACUUCUGGACAGCCAUGUUCGGGAAAAGUGUUCGAUACGCAGGUCAUGGGGAAGGGUUUGAUGAUGUCAUCAUCCAGGGGGACUUAGAUGAGCGGAAGUUUGUGGCGUUUUACACCAAGAAAGCUCCUGGAAUGGCCAACUGCAUUCAGCCCUGGAGGAGCGAUGAAGUCAUUGCUGUCUCCAGUAUGAACUAUGACCCCAUUGUCUCCAAAGUAGCGGAGGUCAUGGCUUCCGGAAGGACAAUCAAGAAGAGAGACGUGGAGACUGGAGAUAUGGCCUGGCUGUUUGGCAAAGGCACAUAGCAGAGGCUGUUCGUUCCUCCUCAGUCAGUCACGCAUGGAGCUGUGGUUUGAUGGAGACAACAGCUCAACCAGGCAGUCCUUUCUGAGACAAGAGAUCGUCAGCGCUCAGCCCCGUUGAGGAUUGGGAAAGGGAAGUGUGGGAAAACGUUCACAUCUGGAACGCAUUUCAAAGUGGACAACUCCUCACCAAUGCUUUGCUGCCCACUGGAGUCAUUAAGGCAUUCAAUUCCUCUUCUGAGAUGCCAGAGACGUGAUUUUGUUUUGCAGCCUGUAGUGUUAUUGUCCAGGAGGACCCAGAAUAUAUAUAUAUAUAUAUCUCUAGAAGGUGAAACUGCUAGAUGUACAAAUAUGCCAACUCACAGUGUAAGUGGGAGAUGCCCGUUUGCACCCUGGUAUUAAUAGUCCACGCACCCAGUACUGAAUGCUGAGACUGCAUGCUUACCCACCAUGUCAUACAGCUGGGAACGAAUGAAUCUUUAUGUCUCUCGCAUACCUAUCACAUGACUGAAUAUAUCAACCAUCAUAUUGAAGAUGGGGCUAUUACAGAAUGACCCAG